AUGUAUCGAAAAUACCGAUAUAUCGAAAAGUACCGAAAAGAUAUCGAAAAGUAUCGAAAAGAUAUCGAAAAGUACCGAAAAGAUAUCGAAAAGUACCGAAAAGAUAUCCAAAAGUACCGAAAAGAUAUCGAAAAGUACCGAAAAGAUAUCGAAAAGUACCGAAAAAUUUUCGAAAAGUAUCGAAAAGAUAUCGAUAAGUAUCGAAAAGAUAUCGAUAAGUAUUUAUAUAUAAUGAAAAUAUCGAUAUAUAAUGAAAAGUAUCGAAAAGAUAUCGAUAAGUAUCGAAAAGAUAUCGAUAAGUAUCGAAAAGAUAUCGACAAGUAUCGAAAAGAUAUCGAUAAGUAUCGAAAUUUUUUAGAUAAGUAUCGAAAAGAUAUCGAAAAGUAUCGAAAAGAUAUCGAAAAGUAUCGAAAAGACAUCGAAAAGUAUCGAAAAUAUAUCGAAAAGAUAUCGAAAAGUAUCGAAAAGAUAUCGAAAAGUAUCGAAAAGAUAUCGAAAAGUACCGAAAAAAUAUCGAAAAAUAUCGAUAUAUCGAAAAAUAUCGAAAAGUGCCGAAAAGAUAUCCAAAAGUACCGAAAAGAUAUCCAAAAGUACCGAAAAGAUAUCGAAAAGUACCGAAAAGAUAUCGAAAAGUACCGAAAAGAUAUCGAAAAGUACCAAAAGAUAUCGAAAAGUAUCGAAAAGAUAUCGAAAAAUAUCGAUAAGUAUCGAAAAGAUAUAGAUAAGUAUCGAAAAGAUAUCGAUAAGUAUCGAAAAGAUAUCGAAAAGUAUCGAAAAGACAUCGAAAAGUAUCGAAAAGAUAUCGAAAAGAUAUCGAAAAGUAUCGAAAAGAUAUCGAAAAGUAUCUAUAUAUAUCGAAAAGUAUCUAUAUAUAUCGAAAAGUAUCUAUAUAUAUCGAAAAUAUCGAUAUAUAAGUACCGAAAAGAUAUCGAAAAGUACCGAAAAGAUAUCGAAAAGUACCGGAAAGAUAUCGAAAAGUACCGAAAAGAUAUCGAAAAGUACCGAAAAGAUAUCGAAAAGUACCGAAAAGAUAUCGAAAAGUACCGAAAAGAUUUCGAAAAGUACCGAAAAGAUUUCGAAAAGUACCGAAAAGAUAUCGAAAAGUACCGAAAAGUUAUCGAAAAGUACCGAAAAGAUAUCGACAAGUACCGAAAAGAUAUCGACAAGUACCGAAAAGAUAUCGACAAGUACCGAAAAGAUAUCGAAAAGUAUCGAAAAGAUAUCGAAAAGUAUCGAAAAGAUAUCGAAAAGUAUCGUAAAGAUAUCGAAAAUAUCGAAAAGAUAUCGAAAAGUAUCGAAAAGAUAUCGAAAAGUAUCGAAAAGAUAUCGAAAAGUAUCAUACAGAUCGAAAAGUAUCGAAAAGAUAUCGAAAAGUAUCGAUAUAUCGAAAAGUAUCGAUAUAUCGAAAAGUAUCGAUAUAUCGAUAAAAAAGGUAUCGAAAAGUACCGAAAAGAUAUCGAAAAGUACCGGAAAGAUAUCGAAAAGUACCGAAAAGAUAUCGAAAAGUACCGAAAAGAUAUCGAAAAGUACCGAAAAGAUAUCGAAAAGUAUCGAAAAGAUGGUUAUCACAUUUAG